GAAGUUUUUUUUUUGUGUGUAGUCGGAAGUCUGGCACAGGGAGGGUGAAGUACUCUCAUCAACCAUAAAUACAACAACAGUCACAGUAAUAAUUAAGAAAAUGUAUGUUUUCAUUAGAGGUACAUGACAGUGACAGCACGCCCUAAAACAAUCCCCAUUCUGAAGUAUAUUGAUAGUUUGCAGGAAAACUCGACAAUUUACCGGUACUAACUUGCAUGUUGAGACGCCUGCGAGGUGAGCAUAUUGCGGUGUGCAUGGUGCUAGCUACAUAGCUGCCUACGUUUUAGAUUUGAGCCAUCUAGCAAAAUGGGGAGGGGAAGUGGUCACAAUAACUGCAGUUAUAUUUGAGUACCUACGUGGAACAGUGUAUCGAAAGUAACCCCUGCCACACCUCGCCGAAGUGUCUCGGUAAACAUUUCUCCUGCACAAAUGGAAAUCCCCGUCUUCUUAUCAUACAGGAAAUAGCCAGGUCUGUCUGCCGCCAUCUCUCUGUCACCCUGGCAACGCUGGAACCACAGAGCAGGGCGGAGCUUAGCCCUGGCAGCAUGGCAACCACCUCUGCGCCGGGCUCCGCCCCCAGCCCACAGAGUGAAGCGGUGGCCUAUGAGCUGCAGGAGUUGUCGCUCCAGUCCAGCCCCUGUCUGCUGCCCUUGCAAGAGAGGAAGAAUGUCCUCCAGCUCAGACUCCAGCAGAGACGAACCCGCGAGGAGCUGGCCAGCCAGGGAAUCAUGCCACCGCUGAAAAGUCCUGCUGCCUUUCACGAACAGAGAAGAAGCCUCGAGCGUGCAAGGACGGAAGACUACCUGAAGAGGAAGAUCAAAAGUCGGCCUGAGAGGUCGGAGCUUGUGAGGAUGCACAUAUUGGAAGAGACGUCCGCGGAGCCCUCCCUCCAGGCCAAACAGCUGAAGCUGAAACGGGCGCGGCUGGCGGACAACCUCAACGACAAGAUCUCCCACCGGCCCGGGCCCAUAGAGCUCAUCCAGAAGAACAUCCUGCCCGUCCUCCACUGCAGCCUCAAACACAGCAUCGCAGGUAACACAGCAUCGCAGGGGGCCGGGGAGAGCUCUUCACUGGACGAGGACAGCAGCGACGCCCUCUCCCCCGACCAGCCGGCCAAUCACUGCUCACCACUGGGACACGCCUCCCUACCCUCGCCCCCAGACGUGCUGGCUCACAGCAGCAACCCCUCCCCGACACAGUUUCUCUCACAGAGCCCUCUCCUCUCCGCCUCUGAGCCCUCCCUCCCUCACAGGCUGACCAAUGGCACAACGGCUAGGACAGGGUCCCGCCCCUCCGCCGGGGUUACCAAGUCCAGGUGCAGCUCGGACCGGACGUCCCAGCGCUCCAAGAGGCCCAAGGACAGCAAGCCCAAGGUGAGGAAGCUGAAGUACCACCAGUACAUCCCCCCGGACCAGAAGGCCGAGCGCGAGCCGCCCCCGCAGAUGGACGACUCCUACGCCCAAAUCCUGCACCAGCAGCAGCUCUUCCUGCAGCUGCAGAUCAUCAACCAGCAGCAGCAGCACUACAACUACCACACCAUCCUGCCUGCCCCGCCCAAACCCUCGGGAGAUCCACAGUCUUCCACAAACACCAGCCCCUCCCAAUCACGGAAUGCACCCACCCCAUCCACAGCCUCGUCCAAUCAAAGUGGUCUGAGCCGUCAAAGCCAGGCUCCCGUGGGAGGGGCCAAACCAGGAACUUUGCCUCCUAACCUGGAUGAGUUAAAGGUGGCUGAGCUGAAACAGGAGCUCAAGCUGCGCAGUUUGCACGUGUCGGGCACCAAGAACGACCUCAUCGAGAGGCUGAGGAACUACCAGGAGCAGAACGGGGGUGCGGCGGCCGCAGGAGGGAUGUCCGGGAGCAGCACCCCGAAAAAAUCCCUACCCCAACAGCAGCAUCAGCACACCCAGCCUGCUGGCUCCUCCCCUUCCCAUGGGAACGCCCCCUUCUUCCACCAGUCAGGAGAGAGGGGCUUGAGUUUAGCGAGCUCGCCGGCGAUGGUCACAGCUGGGACUCCAAAUCCCAUAAUGCACUUCGGCAGCACAAGUUCUUCCCCGCCGUUGUCGCCCGCCUACUCGGAGCGCUCGUGCCCGGGGAUGAGCCUGGACGAGAGCAGCUGUAACGGGGACGUGUUUGGGGAAACGGUCAGCUCCCCUCUCACCCAGCCGCGCCUGCACCCCUCCCCACAGAGGGAGAGCGCCUGCCUGCUAUCCCAGCAUGCCUCUGCCCCGGCGGCGGGCUCGCUGGACAAAGACCAGAUGCUGCAGGAGAAGGACAAGCAGAUCGAGGAGCUGACGCGCAUGCUGCUGCAGAAGCAGCGCCUGGUGGAGACCCUGCGCUCGCAGCUGGAGCAGGGCAAGAGGGGCGGGGCCCACGCCGCCGUCAAGGACGAGCCCCCCACGGACGCGGGCGGGGCGGCGGUCAAAGAGGAGGCGGAGCCGGGGGUGGAGGAGGCGCGGCAGGAGGCACAGCCAAUGCAGACCGUCCUCCAGCUGCAGCAGAGGCCGGGCGACCAAUCACAGCGGCAGAUGCAGCUGCUGCAGAGGCCGGGCGACCAAUCACAGCGGCAGACUCAGGUGCAGCAGAGGCCGGGCGACCAAUCACAGCGGCAGCUGCAGCUGCAGCAGAGGCUGGGCGACCAAUCUCGGCAGAAGCUGCAGCUGCAGCUGCAGCAGAGGCCAGGCGACCAAUCACAGCAGCAGCUCCAGCUGCAGCAGAGGUCGAGUGACCAAUCGGAGCGGCAGCUCCAGCUCCAACAGAUGCCAAGUGACCAAUCAGAGCGGCAGCAUCAGCAGAGGUCGGACGACCAAUCAGAGAAGCUGCGCCAGCAGAGGCCAGGUGACCAAUCAGAGCGGCAGCUCCAGCAGAGGCCAGGUGACCAAUCAGAGCAGCAGCUCAAGCAGAGGCCAGGUGACCAAUCAGAGCGGAAGCUCCAGCAGCUGCUCCUGCAGCAGGGCCAGCAGAAGCAGAAGCGGCCGUCGCAGUCUGAGCAGGUGUCCCCAGUGUUCCACAGUUCACAGUCUGGUUCCCCAGACCCCUCCCCCUCAUUCUCAUUGGACCUCCUCAAGAUGCAUCCCGCCCCAACCCUGGUGACCGACAGCAACGGCAACCACUACCUGAUCGCGGUGACCAGUCGCGACGCGGAGGGUCAGCGUAACGGGUCCUCGCAGGGAAAAGCUACCAGCCGCAUCACACUGCAGAGACUACACUCCUCCCCCAGUAAAAUCCCUGCCCAAUCAGCCUCUCAGCCUGCCAGCAUGGACAGCCAAUCAAAACAGCCGCGGCAGCCAGGUCUCGUCACUCAGCCAAUCAGAAAGGGACAGAAGCCAGGACUGCACGUGGUGAUCUGCAGCUCUCAGGAGGCGGGCUUAUCUCUCUCUGCUCCAGCCAAUCAGCAGGCUUUCUUUCUCAGCGAUGAGUCUGCUCCCUCUGGAGGCCACACCCCCUCCUCCCCAAAGCACAAGCUGAUUGGGGAGGGGAGCUCCAGUCUUGAUCAGCACACUCUGUUCAAACCUCCUUCCCCAGCCCCCAAACAGACCUCCAGCUCCUCACAGCGCAAGGGGAACGGCUCCUGUAGCCAGCACAUGGACGAUCUGUUCGACAUCCUCACCCAGAGUGGAGAACUGUCAUCAGGGCUCAAAGCAGACCCUGACCCAUCCCUGUCCAACAUGCAUCCCGGCAGCGCCCCUCUCCCGUCCCCCACCCCCUCCACGCUCCUCCCCUCGCCUCCUUCACCUCCCCAAUCCGUGACGUCCCGGGGGCCCACGGAAAAGACUGCGGGGGCGAGCGUGCCCGGAGACGGGGGCGGGACAGGAAACGGUCGUCUGGAGGACUUCCUGGAGAGCACCACGGGGGCGCCGCUGUUAGGGGUGGAGCCCGGCGGGCCGCUGACUUUGAUUGACGACCUCCACAACCAAAUGCUGAGCACUUCUAGUAUAUUAGACCACCCCCCUACCCCCAUGGACACCUGCGAGCUGAGCUUCACCCCCCAGCACCCCGGACUGGAUUUCGGAGACGGUGCUCUGGACAGCAUGGACUGGCUGGACAUCACCAUGAACGGCACUGGGGGGGUGGGGCCCGCCCCUCCCAGCUCCCACAUGCCCCCCAGUGUCUUUUCAGUGGACUUUUUGGACAGCCCUGACCUGCAGCUGCACUGGGAGUCCUGCCUAUAGCCCUUCAUAACGCCAUCUUCCUACAGGCUCACUCACUCACAGAGCCAUACUCACAGCCUCAUACAGGCCCAUACUCACAGAGCCAUACUCACAGACUCAUACAGGCCCAUACUCACAGACUCAUACAGGCCCAUACUCACAGAGCCAUACUCACAGACUCAUACAGGCCCAUACUCACAGACCCAUACUCACAGACUCAUACAGGCCCAUACUCACAGGCCCAUACUCACAGCCUCAUACAGGCCCAUACUCACAGACUCAUACAGGCCCAUACUCACAGACCCAUACUCACAGACUCAUACAGGCCCAUACUCACAGACCCAUACUCACAGACUCAUACAGGCCCAUACUCACAGGCCCAUACUCACAGACUCAUACAGACCCAUACUCACAGGCCCAUACUCACAGACUCAUACAGACCCAUACUCACAGGCCCAUACUCACAGCCUCAUACAGGCUCAUACUCAGACCCAUACUCACAGACCCAUACUCACAGACUCAUACAGGCCCAUACUCACAGGCCCAUACUCACAGACUCAUACAGGCCCAUACUCACAGAGACAGACUCAUACUCACAGACUCAUACAGACCCAUAAUCACAGGCCCAUACUCACAGACUCAUACAGGCCCAUACUCACAGGCCCAUACUCACAGACUCGCACUCACAGGCCCAUACUCACAGACUCACACUCACAGACUCGUCAUUUUAUCUUUAAUCCGACAGUAUUCCCUUGUUAUCUUUACGGUUCAUCACCCAGGCCUAGUCUCGCUCACGGCCUCUCUCCUGCAGAGGUUCUCAGACUCCCCCGGGGUAGAUCCAACCCUGUAAUUUGCACACACAGCAUUUUGCACUGAAUCCAGUCGUUAGACCCCCCUUAGACCACACAGACAUGAGGCCUGCUGGCCUUCUGGUCUCUGACUCUGCACUGUACUGAAUGUUAGAACUGUUUUCAUCACUAUGCUGGACUGUCCUGUAUCAGCACUUUGCCAAGGAGAGACCCUCAAGGUCUGCAAAUGUUUGUCUGUUCAACCACGCAGUAAUAUCGCCCGCAUUAUUCGUGUAAGAUGCAUUUUUAGGAUUAUAGUUUUUUUGUAUGUGGAGGAUGUCCUCAUCCGAA